AGCCGUCACUGUGCGAUUCCUUACAAAGAGGUACAUCGGAGAAUACGAAUCGAAUAUUGAUCUCCUAUAUCGACAAACUGUGGUGCAUAAUGAGGUACCGGUGUACAUGGAAGUAUUGGACACCUGUCCUAAGGGUGAGCAACUGUCUGAGCGUGAUUCCCACCUGCGAUGGGCCAACGCUUUCGUCAUCGUCUACAGCGUGUGCAACCGGACUACUUUCAGGGAUGUCGAGACGCAAGUCAAGCACAUUCAGCUCGCCAAGUCACCGUGUUCUGUGCCCAUCGUCAUCAUCGGCAACAAGGCCGAUCUGGAACACCGUCGGGAAGUCAUGCUGGACGAGGGCCGGGACCUGGCCGAGGAGUACGGCUGCUACUUCUUCGAGGUCUCGGCCGCGGACGGAUACACCGAGGUGCGCGAGGCGUUCCUUGCCCUGCUGAAGGAGGUGUACGAUGCCACCAAGAACAAGCUACAGGUCAAACGGCGGAGGAGUAGUGUCACGCGUAACGUGGCCAACAAGGUCAUGCAAGCCAUGUUCGGCUCGCCCAGGAGAUCUCGUAAAAUAUCGCUGCCUUGACGACGGGAACUCGAACAGGAUCUGAACUCAGUAAUAACGUACUUGCCACUGUACUUCGCCCCAAAGAAAUUGAUAUAAUUUUGUAAACAUUCAAAUCAAAGUAUUUCUGCAAAUUGCUAAUAAAUAGGUUAGGCCUAAGUGCAUAAUUACGGUGAGAGUGAAAAAUCACAGUUGACAGUUUUUGAAACAAUAUCACCUCUAAGCAACACUCGUGAUGUAGCUAUUGUGCGAUGUGAAGUAGACCCAGACAAGUUCCCGCCAAAAUUGUCUAGUUACAACUUUGCGACGAGAGCAGGUCUUAGGGUGAUGUUGACUAUCGUUUCCAUGCAGGAAUUGUGUCGAUCACUCACCAGAGCCUGUGAAGGACUCAUCUCGUGCGCACACUGGUUCGUUUUUAGUGCACAACCAAUUCCCAAACUAAUGUGAUGUGCCCAACCCCGGAUGAUGAUUGCACAUUGAGACUAAUGCACUCGAGGGCGGGCACUCGACGACAGUGGCGCUUAGAUACAGGCGUUCUAUGCCUAGGCUAUGCCAUUUCACCGUUGAGGUGUCCGUAGCCAAAUCUGUACGAUAAACUGGUUCAAUGCACUACAAUCACCAUUUUGAAAUUCAGUCAAAAUCACACAAUAUUCAUAAUGUCUGAGAAUGGAAAAGGCUGGACAUUCAUGCACGAAGGAAUUUUACAAACGAGCAUUUCUGAUGAACUUCUGAACACAUGAUAAUCUGAGAAAACUGUAUCUCAGAAUCAAGUCUUUGAGUCGGCCAUUUGAUCUUGUCCACCCU